AUGGCGACGACGCUCUGCUUCAUCGGCGUCGGGUCCAACGUGGGCCCGCGCGUCGCCACGGCCUGCCGGGCCUGGCAGCAGGUGCAGGCGCGCGUGGGCGCCAUCGUCGCGACGUCGCACCUCUACGACACGGCGCCCCAGCACGUCGUCGACCAGCCGCGCUUCCUCAACGGCGUGGUCGUCGCCGCGACGGCGCUGCCGCCCCGCGCCGUGCUGCGCGAGCUCAAGGCCGUCGAGGCGGCCCUCGGCCGCGAGGACCGGGGCCGCCACGGCCCGCGCGAGGUCGACCUCGACGUGCUGUUCCACGGGACGACCAUGGUCGCCGACGCGGACCUCGAGGUGCCGCACCCGCGCGCGGCGCGGCGCGACUUCGUGCUGCGGCCCCUGCGGGACGCGCGGCGCGCGCUCGACGCCUUCGGCGUCCCCUACGACGCGAGGGACGUCGCGCUCGUCGACAACGUGUUGUCGGAGCCGUGGCUCCGCGACGCGACGCUGCGACGCGUCUGGGCGCCCCUCGACGCCGAAGACCCGUGGCCCCGGGGCGACCGCACGCGCGUCAUGGGCAUCCUGAACGCGACGCCCGACUCGUUCUCCGACGGCGGCGCACACGCGUCCGUCGACGCGGCCGUCGCGCGCGCCGGGGCGAUGGUCGACGACGGCGCGGACUGCCUCGACGUCGGCGGCGAGUCGACGCGGCCCGGCGCCGUGCAACCGCCCCUCGAGGAGGAGCUCGCGCGCGUGCUCCCCGUCGUCGAGGCGCUGCGCGCGCGCUUCCCGGGCCUGCCGCUCUCGGUGGACACGCGCCGCGGCGCCGUCGCCGCGGCCGCGCGGGCCGCGGGCGCGACGCUGACCAACGACGUCUCCGGCGGGUCCCACGACCCGGCCAUGCUCAAAACGCUCGCCGACGACCCGGACCAGCGCGGCGUGUGCCUCAUGCACAUGCGGGGCACGCCGCUCACGAUGGCGGACCCGGAGCUCCGCGUCUACGCCGGCGGCGUCGUCGACGGCGUCGCCGCGGAGCUCCGGGACCGCGUGGCGGCCGCGGCGGCCGCGGGCGUCGCGCCCUGGCGCGUGCUCGUGGACCCGGGCGUCGGCUUCGCCAAGGACACGGCGCAGAACGUCGAGCUCCUCCGGGGGCUCGGCGAGGUGCGACGGAAGACGGGCGACCUGCCGCUCCUGCUGGGCGUGUCGCGGAAGCGGUUCUUGGGCGACCUGACGGGCGAGCCCGACGCGGCGCGGCGCGACGCCGCGACGGCCGGCGCCUGCGCGGCGACGGUGCCCCACGCGGACGUGGUCCGCGUCCACGACGUCCGCGCCGCGCGGCACGCGCUCGCCGCCGCGGACGCGAUUUUAAGGUAG